CAGAUCUUCAGAGGUGACUCGAAGCUUCAGUUUUCAAGUUGAGUACAUUUUCCAUCCCUGGAUUUGCUUGUUUUGUUCAGUUUAACUUUGAAUAUUUGAGGUUGUCUUUACGACGUAACAGCUAAACCCACGGCUUCCUUUCUCGUAAAACCAAAACAAAAAGGCUCUCUAUUCAGGUGCUGUGUGUGUGUGUGUGUGUGUGUGUGUGUGUGUGUGUGUGUGUGUGUGUUACACAUAUGUAGCACGUACCUGGGAUCAAAGCUGUCUAUAUAAAGUCCUUGAAUCUGUGUGGGUUCAAAUACAUUUCAAAGCUUCAGGACCCUGAAAGGUUUCACUCUGCUUCCUCAAGACUUGAGCACAGUUCCCAUAAAGCUAUGGCCUGUCUUGGAGCCCAGAGGCAAAAGGCUCAACUUCAGCAGGCUCCUAGGACGUGGCUCUCGGUAGCCCUGCUUGCUCUUUCCCUCAUCCCGACCUUCUCCAAAGCCAUACAGGUGACCCAACCUUCAGUGGUGUUGGCCAACGGCCAUGGUGUCGCCAGCUUUCCGUGCGAAUAUUCAUCUUCACACAACACGGAUGAGGUCCGAGUGACAGUGCUGCGGCAGACAAAUGUCCAGAUGACUGAGGUCUGUGCCACGACAUUCACGAUGACGAAUAAGUUGGGCUUCCUGGAUGAUCCCUUCUGCCAUGGUACCUUCAACGAAAGCAGAGUGAACCUCACCAUCCAAGGACUGCGAGCUGCUGACACUGGACUGUACUUCUGCAAGGUGGAACUCAUGUACCCACCGCCUUACUUUGUGGGCAUGGGCAACGGGACCCAGAUUUAUGUCAUUGAUCCAGAAUCGUGCCCAGAUUCUGACUUCCUCCUCUGGAUCCUUGCUGUGGUUAGUUCGGGGUUGUUUUUCUACAGUUUCCUGAUCACUGCUGUUUCUCUGAGCAAAAUGCUAAAGAAAAGGAGUCCUCUUACAACAGGGGUCUAUGUGAAAAUGCCCCCAACAGAGCCGGAAUGUGAAAAGCAAUUUCAGCCUUAUUUUAUUCCCAUCAACUGAAAGACCAUUCACGAAGGAAAAAAAGCAUCCUUCAGCCUCUAAAAGCUGAGAGAAUUUCAACUUUCUUUGCUCUCCAGCUAUUUUUACUUGUUUGUAUAUUUUAGAGAGAGUGUGCCUCUCUUUCAUAUGAAGCUGGAUGCAAAAUUCUAAUUAAGCCUACUACAAUUUAAAGCCAAGAACCAUGAACAGAGAGCCGGGGUACUUGUCAUAU